CCCGCCCCCGACGGGCCGCAGUCUCCGGCGCCGCUGCCAUGAAGGAGCAGAAGGAGAACUGCUCGCAGGCUGCUCCCAGCGAGGCGCCGGCGCCGCCCGCCCCCGCCGCCUGCCCGCCGGGUAGGCAGCAUUGUAGGCUCAAUGAUCAAGAAGCUAAUGGGAAAAACUCAACUGCCAGUUCGAAUGACUUCAGUGAUCCAGUUUACAAAGAAAUUGCUAUAACCAAUGGUUGUAUCAACAGGAUGACCAGAGAAGAACUCAGAAGUAAACUUGCAGAGUUCAAGCUUGAAACCAGAGGAGUGAAAGAUGUGCUGAAAAAGAGACUCAAAAACUACUACAAGAAACAGAAACUGAUGCAGAAGGAACCCAUUAAUGGAGACAACUACUAUGACUACAUCUGUGUUGUCGACUUUGAAGCAACAUGUGAAGAAGGAAACCCACCUGAAUUCAUACAUGAAAUAAUUGAGUUUCCUAUUGUCUUACUAAACACACAUACCUUGGAAAUAGAGGAUACCUUUCAGCAGUACGUGAAGCCAGAAAUUAAUCCCAAGCUUUCAAACUUCUGUAUCAGUCUGACAGGAAUCACCCAGGACAUUGUGGAUAAAGCUGAUACAUUUCCUCAAGUUCUGCAGAAUGUGGUAGAGUGGAUGAGACAACGAGAAUUGGGAACAAAGUAUAGCUAUUGCAUGUUGACAGAUGGAUCUUGGGAUAUGAGCAAAUUUCUGAACAUCCAGUGCCGUGUUAGCCGUAUCAAAUACCCUUCUUUUGCCAAAAAGUGGAUCAACAUUCGCAAAUCAUAUGGAAACUUCUAUAAGGUUCCUAGGAAUCAGACCAAGUUGACAAUCAUGCUCGAAAAGCUGGGCAUGAAUUAUGAUGGGAGACCUCACAGUGGACUUGAUGACUCCAAAAACAUUGCAAGGAUAGCUGUAAGGAUGUUGCAGGAUGGCUGUGAACUGCGGGUGAAUGAGAGAAUGCAUGCUGGACAGCUUAUGACAGUUUCCUCCUCAACCCCCUUAGAGGGAGCUCCUGCUCCACAAAUGCCUCGAUACAGAAACUAGCAGUUCCGGGAAUCUGCCUUAGGAUCUGCUCUGUGAUACCCGAUAAGGACUGUUAAGAGCUUGUUAAAUGGCCAUCUCUGCCAGUCUGUCUGCAAUGCAGAAUUUGAAAGCACCUUAACUAAGCUUCUCUGUUGAAAUAGAGAUGAGCAUGGAAGCUCAUUGCUCUUUGAAACCUGUGUUGCAGCCUUACGAGUUGCUGGGGUUUUUUUAUACUGAUUAUUUUGGUGUUGCUGUUUGCAGCUUUUUUAGCAGCAGGGUUGAUCUUCAGAAUCCAGGCAAUGUGUUAAGCUUUUAAGGUCAUGUAAUUCAUGUAAAACACAUGCAAAGAUCAACAAGGCCUGUGCACUGCUGUUCCACCCCAGGCUGUUCACUAUGCUGUGCUUUAAUGAUAUCUAGCAUCUGAUUAUUCACUGCACACAAAUAAGACAUUGCUGGAAUAACUGAAAUAGUGAGUAGUCAGGCUGGCCUUUCCUGAUGAGGCACUCUUCUAAUUCUAGGAGAAAUGGGAACAUGUUCCUCAGUUCUAAAGCAUAGGAGAAAUAAUGUGUUGUUUGGGGGGUUGUUGGUUUGUUUUCCUUUAAGGGGUAUGUUUAUCUGCUUCCACAUCAAAUAAAAGAGCUGAGCAUUGCAUAAAAAUUCCAUUAAUGCAGUACAAUAGUAGUUCUUUUUGACCUGGAUUUAAAAUCAGAAGCUUCUUCAGAUUUUCACCUUGAGGAUCUUAUCUCCUAUUCCUGCUGCAUCCGUAGCUGCACUUCAUUUAAUGUCAUUUUAUAGACACUGUCAGCCAUUUGGACUUAGAAACAAGUGAAGUAAAGAUAAGUUCAGAACAUGUGAGACUGUAAAAAGAUUUAUGCUGCGUGGGCAUUACAUAAAACAAAGCAAGAAGCUUCUAGUUAAUAGACACACUCAGCUGGUUUUGGUACCUUCUCAUACCUCUGCCACCAUGAAGUUACACCUUUAUCUCAAAAUCUGGCAUGGGAAGAUUAAUACAACGUUAUGAGUAAGGGCCAUCUAAUUAUUAACACCUUCAGCUUUUAUCCUAGGCCCUAUGAAGGUGAUACUUAAAAGGCCAAAGUGUUAAUUUCUUCACCUCCAUGGGCUUUUGCGAAGUCAAGAUUAAUAUGAUGACCUUUGUGUUAGAAUGGCUUGUUCUGAAAAAUUUUGGUUGGUUUUAUUG